AUGACUGACAAUGCUAUCGAUGACGGAGACAGUGACUAUAAACAAUUUCUUCAAACACAUCAAUUACAGCUCGUUUUUAAUAAUAUUCCCAAACAUCUUUACCGUCGUUUAUACGAGAAAAUGAAAAAUGAAAUAUUUGACAGCGGAUCAUAUUUUCAGUUGUGUCCGGUAGAUGAUGACGAUGACGAAUUAGAGAAAGCUUACAAUCCUGAACGGCGAUUUUAUGUGUCAACAUUAGAAAAUGUUGUGCUCGAUCCCGAAAAAGACGAAAACGCCAUUUUUCUUAUCGAUCACGCAUGGACAUAUCGUAUUAAAGAUGCACGGAAUGAUUUACAUACAAUUCCUAAAUUAUACGAACGUAUGGCAUCGUUAAUGAAUGUCAAUUCUGAUGUUAAAGAAGAUGGUAUAGAAUUAAUCUUACAGCGCAUGUGGAAAUUCAAUCAAACAUAUACAUUAACAUCGACGCAGAUCGAUCCGCACAUCGAUGUCGAAGCCGCGCAAGAACCUUAUUGGUAUAUUAUGGAUGAGUUUGGCUCGUCAAUUCGUCAUUCGUCAACAAAUGCAAAUGUCUACUGUGCAUCAUUUUUCUUUGAGCCAACGCAAACCAUGUUUACACUUCUCUAUCCGAUUUCUCGGAUUGAACAGCCGUAUACGGAAAUCUUUCGAAACUAUGUCUAUGAUAAUAGUAGUUCAUUGGAUCGGAAUAUCAAAUUACUACCAUGGAAUCGUGUUCAUUUUCGUAAGGCAGUGCUUCGAAGUUUAACCAUUGACAAUUGCCCGGAAAUUUUCGAGAAGAAACGCUCGAAGGAUGUGGAAAUUUUCGAAGAGUGCCAUAAAAACGAUCUCUAUGAUAAAACACCCGUUCCUACUAACAACACAAAUUCUGACUUUAAUCGUGUGUUUAAAGUUUACACUGAUCAUGAUCUGAUUAAACAACAUCUAACUGAUCCACAUUAUCAACUGGUUGAUAGUUCCGAUCAAGCUGAUAUCGUAUUUAUUAAAAAGGUUAUACAAGAUUUUCGUCACGAAACUUUACGUUCACAAUUGAUCAAUCAAUUUCCAUUCGAAAACAUUCUCACCAAUAAAGAACUAUUAGCAUUAGUCUCUCGACGAUGGAAAGCUCUAUACAGCGCAUCGACAACGAACGAGGAUCCGUAUAUUCAUUCGCAUGGAAGUCCACCGUGGUUACCAACAACGUUCAUUCUCACGUAUGAAUUACCACAGUUUGCUGUCUAUUUUCAAUAUCGAGAAGAUCAACAAAUUGACAAUACAUGGAUUGUCAAACCCAUCAAUUUAACACGAUCGAUCGAUGUUUCGGUAAGCAAUCUUUUCGAUAUGAUUAUUCGUUUACCUGAGUCAGGCUCCAAAAUCGCUUGUAAAUACGUGUCGACGCCCGUUUUACUCAAUGUGCCUGACGUUGAAGGUAACGGUGUUAAAUUCGAUAUUCGUUACAUAUUACUCGUACGAAAUGUUCACCCGUUGAAAUUAUACGUUCAAAAGGUUUUCUGGCUUCGUUUUGCUAAUAAACCUUUUUCUCUAAAAACAUUCGACGACUACGAAACACAUUUCACGGUUAUGAACUAUCGAGUCGAUGCGCAAUUACGACAGAUGGAUUGUGACACAUUUGUUAGUUUAUACAAUGAACAACACGGUCAAAAGAGUGGAAAUUGGUCGGUGAUUGAAAAACGGAUUUUUCAAAUGUUUCGAGAAUUGUUUCAUUGUGCGACAAGCGAAGAGCCACCACUAGGCAUUAGUUCGUGUUCUUCAUCCCGCGCACUCUACGCUGCUGAUUUAAUCUUAGAAUUUGAUAAUAAUCAUGAAAUUCAACCAAAAUUAUUAGAAGUUAAUUAUUCGCCCGAUUGUCAUCGGGCAUGUACUUAUUAUCCAAAUUUUUAUAAUCAAAUUUUCAAUGUACUUUUCCGAGAUCUGAUUGACGAUCAGAAUGUUCUCGAUAUAUCCGUGUGA